AUGUCCAACUUCUCCUCCCAGUGGGAGGGCAUCUUCGAGAACCAGUACACCGGCGAGGGCCUCGACGGCGUCCCGUGGCUCGGCGUCCUCGGGAACCACGACUACGGCGGCUACCUGUACAGCAACGGCUGGGACCAGGCGAUCAUGUACACGUGGAAGGAGCCGGCGAAGAACCGGACGAAGCGGUGGUUCACACCCGCCCAGUAUUGGCGGAGCACUGUCCACUACAAGACUUUUUCCGUCGACUAUUUUUUCUUGGACACGAACGUGUACGAUGCACACGAACCGUUCGAGGACAUGGCCAACAACAUAUGCAGCUACGCGUACAACCCGGAGGAAACCGGUGCCGACUGCACCUGCGAAGGUGGUCCUGCCGACGUUGAUGACUGCUACCGCUGGUUUCAGGCCCUCUGGGAGGAGCAGGUGGAGUGGCUCCAGUUGCACUUGUCCAACUCCACGGCCGACUGGCAGAUCAUCGUCACCCACUUCCCUCCCACGUACGACCGGGAGUUGUUCGGCAACCUCUCCCUCGAUUACGGCAUCGACCUCUUCGUGACCGGGCACCUGCAUCGUCAGGAGGGUCACGACGCCGACGACGAGGACAACUUCAUGCCGCCGACGUCAUGGGUUGUCUCAGGCGGCGGGGGGGGCAUCACGUCCGACUUCCUGCCCGACCUCGGCGGUGACUCGCAGUAUGGGUUCAUGCACAUGACUCUGUCGAACGACAGCAUCGAGAUCGUCAACGUGCAGCACAACGGUGAGGAGGGCUUCAGAGUGGCGGUGUCUCAGCGGCCCUGCGUCCUUUGCUCCGAAGAUGACGUGGCCAGAAACUUGCAGAUCUACGAGGAUGGGUUGCGUCGCAGGUCAAAGAGGUCAAGGAGUCGGGGGAGGAGGAAUGUCUCGGGGUCGGCGCUCGUUCAUACGAGGCGAGCGGAGGACGAGAGGAGGACCGGGUUAUGCCGGAGCCGAACGCUUCUCGUCAUCGACAAGGACUACCGUCACGACCACGGCCACUACCGGCACGCUGGGAGUCGAGGACGAGAUGGCGAGCAAGGUCAUGGCAGACCAUGUUGUCCAGUGGAUCCGCGAUGAAGCUGCCGAGGUGCAGAAGUCUGGCAGGGAGGUAUCCAACCGCACCGCGCAGGACCUAUUGAUGAGAGAUCACCAGGAGGACAAGGAGGCAGAUAUUAUGUGGAUUCUGACGGUAAGGUUAAGCCCAGAAUUUGUAUUGAUAAUGUGGUGUUCGGAAACCCUUUACAAUCGUCCGUCCAGUUUUUUUAUGCCUACCUGUGGAGGAAGGCCGAUACAUGUUUGUGUUGGUCACGUGCCUAAAAUCAACAGCAGAAGGAGCGACAGCGUCAACAAUACCGCGACCCAGAUGCGUGGUUGCAGCAAUGAAGUUUGUGGAGGCGUGGUGUUCGUUUGUGCUUGUGUGUUGUGGGGGGAAGAGGGGAGUCGUUCGUCCGAGAAGUUUUAAGAUUGCCAUUUCUGCCAGAACCAUUUCUCAGGCAAUCAAGUAGGGGUAACGGCGUAA